AUGGCGCUUCUUCCAUGGGAGGUUGAGGAAGAUAUAUUGUCUCGAAUUCCACCUCAAUCUCUUCUUCAGUUAAGAUCAGUUUGCAAAGGGUGGAAUGUUCUUUUGUCUGAAAAGAGUUUCGUCAAGAACCACUUCGCUCGUGCCCGUCCUCAUUUCAUCUUCCUGUCAAAUUCCAACAUUUAUUCCAUAGAAAUCAUCGGUCUCGAUGGAGCUGACCCAACGAUUAAGUUGCAUGAGCUAUCCUCAUCUGGUAUUCCUUACCAGGAAUUGAAUUUUAAUGAUGUCACCAUCACUUCUUGCGAUGGGUUCUUGUUUUGUAAUAAUGGGAUUUGUCCAACAGGGACAGCGCUUUGGAAUCCGUGGUUGAGACAGAUCAAAUGGGUCGACCACAAGGAUAAAGGUUUCUGGCCUUGUGGCGUAGGAUAUGAUAAUACUAGACCCGAAAAGGUUUACAAGAUAUUGGGGUAUUUUCUGUCCCGUGAUGUCAAAAGAAUCCACCACCAGAGAGUUGCGAUCUACGAGUGUGCGUCUCAUACAUUCAAGUUUAUUGAUACACCUGACGAGGACCGGCCAUUAACCCACGUGAAACGAUAUAGUGUGCCCUUGAACGGAAAUCUCAAUUGGCUACGUGCUAUGUUCCGGGGUACUGGUGACAUUUUUAUCGGAUGCUUUGAUUUCUCGAGGGAAAUAUUGAAACCCUUGUGUCUCGCUCCGUGUCGGACGUUUGAUACAUUUGAUCAUCUUGUCCUCCAAGCUUUCACUGAAAAUAGGGUGGUUGUCAUGAUUCCUGGUCUUGUUUUGUCCUUCCCAUACCAGUCUCAGAGCCGGCCUCAUAACAUCCCUCCAUCACUGGACGGUUUUUCUAAGAAUGAUAUAGAGAAGAAUUGUGAGCAUAUUUACGGAGUUACCCAUGAUCAUUGGCUCCCUGAAGAGACAAGGUUGGCUAUUACUUGGGUGUUGUGGGCAGUGUGGAAAUACAAAAACAAUUUUAUUUUCCAAAGCAAACAAGGAGAUGUGAGGGAGAUGGUUAUGAAAGCACAAAAAGAUGCUCUGCUCUGGCAAGAGGCGCAGCAGACCCUUGACAACAUGGACUCAGCUUGGUGUAAGACGAAUCGAAAGCUGGAGAAGAGAUGGUGUAAACCAUUGUCGGGAAACUUAAAGUGUAAUGUUGCUCUUUCUUGGAUUAAUAGUUCUUCUAUGGAUGGAGGUGCGUGGUUGGUCAGAGAUGCGCAGAGGCAGGUGGUUUACCAUGCUAGAGAUGGUUUUUCUCGAAAAGAUUCGACUGUGAGAGCGGGUUUACAAUGUAUUAUGUGGACGUUUGAAGCGUUACAGAACCUGCACAUUGAGAAGGUGGUAGUCGCUAUUGACAGUCAUAUGGUGGUGGUGGCUGUUAAUUCACCCCAUGAUUGGCCCCGGUUUUGUGCUGUUUAG